AUGGCCACUUCCAGGGUACCCCCGGCGACUCUAACACUAAAGCAGUUCCUGAGAAGGCAACAAGUUCUCCUGCUCUACAGAAGGAUUUUGCAAACAAUUCGGCAAGUUCCAAACGAUUCUGAUCGCAAAUACCUGAAGGACUGGGCAAGGGAAGAAUUCAAAAGAAACAAAAAUGCCACCGAAGAGGAUACAAUCCGGAUGAUGAUUACUCAAGGCAAUAUGCAGCUCAAGGAGUUAGAAAGAACACUUGCUUUGGCAAAAUCUUAACUAAAGCAUUAUUCUGAAAGAUUUUCAAAGUCUCCAUGUAUGUUGUCCAGCUGAUUAGACUCAAUGAUGGACAGCCUGUACAGGACUUGGGAAAAUACAGAACAUGGAGCAUGGCAUGUCAGAGCAAAGAAAAGCACAUCAGAACAAUUGCCUGAACACUGAAAACUAUGUAUUUUGAAAAUGUUUUUGGAUGUGUCAGCAGUUUAAGCAGCAAAAACCAGUAUAGGUGGUCAGCACAGAAGAUGAUCAAUACCCUUAACUAUCUGGGAAAUACAGAGCUAAACCACACUGAGCCAGUAUCCGGAUCAGCUGGAAUAACUAAUUAAAAAGAUAAUAACAAAUGGUGGUAGAGAUGUAGGGAAAUUGGACCUCUCAUACCUAGCUGUGGGAAUAGAAAACCGCACAGCCAAUUUGGAAAACAGACUGUCAGCUGCUUAAGAAAUUAAGUUCAACAAUUCUGCUCCUAGGUCUGUAACCCAGAGAACUGAAAACCUUUCUACAAAAAACUUGUACAGAUCAUAACAGCCAAAAAGUAGAAGCAAACCAAAUGCCCAUCAACUGAUAAGUGAUUAAAUAAGAUGUCCAUAGACUUAGCAAAAAAAGGAAUUAAGUACGGAUACAUGCUAUACACGGAUGAACCCCAAGACCAGUCCCAGAAGAUCACGUAUUGUAGGAUUCCAUUUAUAUGAACUGUCUGAAGUAGACAGAAAGAGGUGUUUGCUUGGGGCUGUAGACAGCAUGGAGAAAAAUUUGAUAUGGGGUUCCUGUUCUGGAUGAGGAAA